GGGCGCGGAGCGGCGGCUCCGGGCCGCGGAGUCCCAGCGGCGGCCGCAGCCCCUCCGGCACGGCGCGGCCCCGGGCCCAUCCCGGGAACCGCCGCUAGGUGGGGGGGGGAGCCCGGCCCCGGCCGCCCCGGCCGCACAACAAUGACUUUGGGCAGCAGCGGCGGAGGCGGCUGCGGGAUCAUGUCCGAGCGCUCCCCGGAGGAAGAACCGCUCUCCGAGGUGGAGGACGCGGAUAUCGACGUGGUGGGCCCGCCCCAGGACGGGGGCAAAUACAGCGAGGACGAGGAGGAGGACGACGACGACGAAGAGGACGACGAGGAGGAGGGCGGCGGGCCGUGGGGCUCCCCUGCAGCGGCGGGGCCGCCAAGCGCGCAUGGGGGGGUCCCGGAGCGGCUCUCCCCCGCCGGCGCUCGGAGCCCGCGUGCGCCCGCGGGGCCGCGCCCGGGGAAAAGGCCCGCGGGCGGCGGCGGCGGCGGCGGAGGCGGCGGAGGAAAGAACCCGCUGGUGAAGCCGCCCUACUCCUACAUCGCUCUCAUCACCAUGGCCAUCCUGCAGAGCCCCAAGAAGCGGCUGACGCUGAGCGAGAUCUGCGAGUUCAUCAGCGGCCGCUUCCCCUACUACCGGGAGAAGUUCCCCGCGUGGCAGAACAGCAUCCGCCACAACCUCUCCCUCAACGACUGCUUCGUCAAGAUCCCCCGGGAGCCCGGCAACCCGGGCAAGGGCAACUACUGGACGCUGGACCCCGAGUCCGCCGACAUGUUCGACAACGGCAGCUUCCUGCGCCGGAGGAAGCGCUUCAAGCGGCAGCAGCAGCUGCACCCGCCGCACCCCGAGCUGCUGCUGCGGGCCGGGGCCCGAUCCCGCCGCCUUCCUGCCCGGCUUCGCUACGGACCCUACGGCUACAACUACGGCCUGCAGCUGCAGCUACCCCCCGGCCCCCCCGCACCACCACCACCACCCCGGCGGCGGCGGCUCCGGGGCGCUUUCCCCUUCUCGGCGCCGCACUGCCCGUUACCGGCUCCGCCGCCUCCCUCCGCCGCCUCCGUCUUCUCGGCCGCCUCCGGGCUGCCCUCGUUCCUGGGCGGCGAGCUGAACUGCAGGAAGUCCUUCUACCACCCCCAACUCAGCCCUACGGCCCUCCCCGCCGCCCUCCUCCAGACCCUCAAGCCGGACCCCACGCCCGCGGGCAGCGGAGGCACCGCCGCCGCCACCACCAACCCCUCCCGGCCCUCUUUUUCCAUAGACAACAUCAUCGGGGGGGCCGUGCCCCCGCCGCCCAGCACCAACCCCAGCGCCGCACCCGCCGCGCCCUACCCCUCGGGCCAGGCGGGCCCCCCGGCGCAGCUCCUGGCCGUGCUCAGCCCCGCCUUGGCCCCAUCGCAGCCCCACGGCGGCCUGGCCCACGAGCCGCUCCUGCAGCCCGCUCAGAACUUUUCCGCUAAAAUCACAAACGUGGGCAGCUGUCAUUUUUAAAGCGUGCUGCGGAGAGGAGAGGGAAAGGGAGAGGGGGUGGUGGUGUGUUGUGUGUGCGUGGGGGGGGGAUGUGUGGAGGGGAGAGUCGCGAACCAAACUGCCCCUUCCCAGCUCUCCCCCGGAUCUCCCCUUCCCUCUCCCCGCUCUCCUCUUCCUCCCCUCCCAGUCUCCUCCCGUUGUGUUUUAAGGUAGGAAAAAAUAUAUCUAUAUCUAUUUUUUUGUAA